CAUGCUCCAGCAGUAAUCGCGGAAGUUGCAUGUCUUUUGUGGCAAAGUUUUCACUUUUCCAUUCGCUGUCCAUCAAUCGGAAAAUCAAUAUCACCGCAGUAUCAGUCAUACGGUUCGAUCCAGACAGUCUUUGGCGCCUUUCGAUACGACCGUGGCACAGAAUUCCUGGUGAAGAGUUGGAAAUUGGAACAAAUCAUUCAACUAGCAGCUUAUUUAUUUUCUGUUGCACAUCCGUCUUGAAGUGGAAAACAUUUUCUGAGUAUAAGGAAAAAGCCAUCCAUUCCAGGAUUCGCUGGUCGAAAGUUCCGGAAGCGAUUACGGCCAGCAGCAGCACCAGCAGUGAUCGAAGAGGAAGUCCGUUUAUUCGAAAGUGGCGCUCGACAACGGUAUCAAAACGCAGUCCCGAGUGCAUCCAAGUCCUGGUAGUGCUCGCACUUUGGUGUGGGCACUGCCCCUGACGGCAUCAUGCAAUAUGGUGACCGAGGAGAGUGAUCAUCCACACCAUCCGGAGGAGGAGAAAACACCAACGCAGGAGAAGGAUAGCAACUUGCUGGCGCGAACCGACAGCAGCGAGAUACUGAUCCAGAGCAGCAUGGAUGACAUUUUCGAUGUUAUCAAAUCGGGCGAGCUGUCGGAGGUGGAAAAUUUGGUAGAAAAGGUGGGCCAGGAGGCGCUGAGUGCCCGAGAUAAGCACGGAUACACCCCAGCUCACUGGGCCGCCCUAGACGGCAAUGUGGAAAUGAUGCGCUAUCUCGUCGAACGGAACGCACCGGUCGAUUUGCCCUGUCUGGGAACGCAAGGACCACGGCCCAUCCAUUGGGCCUGUCGGAAAGGGCAUGCUGCGGUCGUACAGGUACUUCUACAGGCCGGUGUUGCCGUCAAUGCGGCCGACUUUAAAGGUCUCACACCGCUGAUGACGGCCUGUAUGUACGGCCGAACCGCGACCGCAGCGUAUCUGUUGGGAAUGGGCGCACAGAACCAUCUUACCGACAUUAACGGUGAUACGGCACUGCACUGGGCAGCGUACAAGGGACAUGCCGAUCUUAUCCGUCUGCUGAUGUACUCCGGGGUGGAUCUGCAGAAGACGGACAACUUCGGUUCGACGCCGCUCCACCUUGCCUGCCUGUCGGGCAACAUGCAGUGCGUGAAGAUUCUGUGCGAGAAGCGCAACCUGGAGCUGGAACCACGUGAUAAGAAUGGUAAAACGCCUGUGAUGCUUGCCCAAAGCCAUCGGAACAGCGAGGUGGUCAAGCUGCUGCACAAUGAGAUGAAGAAAAAGUCCCGCUGGAUGCCACCGAUCUCGGAGAUCUGGGGAAUGCUGUUCGGUGGAGCAGGCGCUUCAAAGGGUCCACUGAUAUUAUUCCUCGUGUCUGUGUUACUGUGGGGCUAUCCAAUGUACAUGAUACGGUGUAUUCCGAUCACGUGGAACAUCUUGAGACGAUCGCACUACUGCUUCAUCUACUGGAAUGCGGUCAUGUGGAUUAGCUGGAUAAUAGCCAACCGUCGGGAUCCCGGCUAUAUCCCACUGAACUCCGACACCUACUAUCGAGCGAUCAAGCAGAUCCCGUACUUUGAUAAGUGGAAGAAACGGAAUGUAAUUCUAUCGCGCCUAUGCCACAGCUGCAGAUGUUUGCGACCAUUGAGAGCCAAGCAUUGCCGUAUAUGCAACCGUUGCGUAUCCUACUUUGACCAUCACUGUCCAUUCAUCUACAACUGCGUCGGUUUGCGCAAUCGGAUGUGGUUUCUACUAUUUGUACUGAGUAUCGCCAUCAACUGUUCGUUCACUAUCUACUUCGCGUGCUACUGUGUCAUGAUCGAGGGCUUCAGUUUGCUGUACGUGCUUGGUCUAUUGGAAGCAUUCGUAUUCUGUGGACUUGGUUGGAUUCUAACGUGCACAUCGAUCCUCCAUGCCUGUAUGAACCUUACAACGAACGAAAUGUUCAACUACAAACGUUACCCUUACCUGCGGGAUAAGCGUGGCCGCUAUCAAAACCCAUUCUCCCGCGGACCCGUACUGAAUCUGUUCGAAUUCUUUGUCUGUCUGCCGGACCGUCAGGAUGAGCAGGAUUACAUACUGGACGAGAACCUUUGAAAAUUGCCCUCCGGCUCCGGCGAACGUCGGAAACGCAUCACCAGCAGUGGUAGCAAUAGCAGCAGCAGCUAGCUCGAACCGUGCAACUAAAGUGCGUCGGUCUAUGUCGGACACACUUUGCUAAGCUGCAUCUCUCUUUUCUAUCCGAUCUUCGCCAUUCGCAUAAUGCGUGCAUUUGCAAAUCACUGGGAUUCCGUUGCGUUGCGAGAGCUUAAGGAAAACACAUUUAAUGGCAGCAGGACACUCGCAUGUUCAAUUGUGAACUUGCGAUCAAGACUAGGAGGUUUACGUUUGAAGGAAAGGUUUUUCAUUCUUACACGGUUUGUUAAGGAUUUUGCCAUUUGUUAUUGAGCUAGGCCCGUCGUUAGGCGUAUGGAAUGUUUUAUUAAUGAAAUACGUGAUUUUGUUUUAAUGUUAACAGUACGUAAUAGCUAAUAUCGAAAUCGUAAUAGCUUAUCGAAACAAACAGUGCGAACGAAAGAUAGGCAAACCCAAAGGAAACAAGUUCGUUCUUUUAACGUACAUUCCAUCUACAUCCGUAGCACAAAUCGAUGUCGAAGUCUUAUAUGAAACAUUAAUUUUGCCCCGGAAUUUAUAACAUAGCUUUACCGCCGAGAAUUUGCAGUGUGACAACGACUGCUUUAAAACACUGUUCUUCUCUAGAAUGAAAUAAAUGCUUGUACACAAAAUGAUAAAAACAAAAGAUUUUGGUAAACGAUUGAAACGA